UGCGAAACAAACCAAGUCCGGGCCAUUUAGAAAGCAAUGGGUUUUAAGCAUCUACUUACGGUGAAGGCGAACGAAGUGAUUCCGGUGCACAAGUACCGCUCGGAUCGCACCGGGUUAACUGUGAUUGUCGGCGAGGUCGAAGGGCCGGUAGUGAAUGGGUACUUUACCCUUGCAACUGAAGCGCACGACGAUGAUGGGUUGCCGCAUACGCUGGAGCAUCUUAUUUUCCUCGGUUCGGAAAAGUAUCCGUACAAAGGUAUACUGGAUUUGGUAGCGAACCGAUGCUUGGCAUCCGGCACAAAUGCUUGGACCGAUCGGGACCACACGUGCUACACGAUGACAACGGCCGGGAGCGAGGGUUUCCUUUCGUUGCUACCGGUGUAUUUGGACCACAUACUCUACCCGACGCUAACCGAUUCCGGUUUCAUCACCGAGGUUCACCAUAUUACCGGUCACGGGGAGGACGGCGGUGUGGUGUACUGUGAAAUGCAGGGACGUGAAAAUACGGGUGAAUCGAGAGUGAAUCUGGAAAUGCUACGUGCGGUCUAUCCAAACAAUGGCUAUAGUGCCGAAACGGGAGGCAUCUUGAGCAACCUGCGUACCAGCACGACCAACCAAAAAGUGCGUGCUUAUCAUGCCGCCUUUUACCGUCCGGACAAUCUACACGUCAUCAUCACGGGGCAAAUCAAUCCGGACGAUAUUUUCAAGGCGCUCGAACCGAUCGAGGAGAAAAUCGUUUCCAAAGGGCCGCUUCCACCCUUUGAGCGCCCGUGGCAAACGCCAGUGGAACCGUUGCAGGAAUCAACGGACAUUAAAAUAGAGUAUCCGGCCGACGAAGAGGACUGCGGACUGUUGAACGUGGCGUGGAGAGGGCCGAAAGCUACGACGGAGUACGAUACGCUCACUGCCUGUGCGGUACUUCUUCGCUAUCUGACGGACACUUCGGCCAGUCCGGUCCAGCGGGAGUUUGUCGAGAUUGAUGAUCCGUACGCGAGCCGGGUGGGCUACAACAUAGUGGAAAAUUCGGUUUCGUUGCUCUACAUUUCAUUCGAAAAUGUUCCACUAGGUAAGGAGGAUCAUAUUUUCCUCAAACUGUCCCAACUGCUGGCGAGCAUUGCGAGUGGUAAGGAGAAGCUGGACAUGCAGCGUAUGAGAAACGUUAUCGAGCGCAAUCGAUUGGAAGCGCUCAGCAGUCUGGAAUCGAAUCCGCACGACGAUAUCGCUUUCCAUGUCAUUGGUGAUGUGCUGUAUGGAUCCGAUGAAAGCGAGUUCGAUAAUCGGCUGAAUGUGAAUCGGUGUUUGCAAACGUUAAAAGACAAGGAAGAAAGCUUUUGGUUAGCCUUGCUGAAUAAUUAUAUUAUAAACAACAAACACGUUGUAGUACGAGCCGUUCCCAGCAUAAAAGAGAACGUACGUACGGCCAAUCUGGAGCAGGAGCGGUUGGAAAAGCAACGGAAAACCCUCGGCGAAAGUGGGCUGAAGGAGAAGGAGCAAAUACUGUCCGAUGCUAUGGCAUCCAAUGAAAUACCACCACCGGAUGAGAUGAUAACCUCCAUACCUGUUCCCUCAACGGAAGCCAUCAAGUUCUAUCCAGUCGAAAUUUACUCGCCGUCCCGCAGCGAAAGCAAUCCUCCCGGAUUGAUCAUGGACGAUCUCCCAGUUUAUGCUGAAGCGUAUGAUUUGCAUACGAACUUUUGCUACCUCAAAGUUUCGAUGUACACGGAGCCACUAAGUGUAGAAUUGCGAUCGUACCUAGUUCUGCUGCUAGAACUGCUAACCGAAUCACCUAUCCGUCGCGGUGAUACAUUGAUCCCGUACGAGGAAGUCGUUUCAACGCUUGAGUCUAACACGGUCGAGACGAUGACCGACCUUGGGUUCAGCUCGUCGAGCCGUUUCAGCGUGGGCUCUUACUCUAGCACGGCCACCCUAUACAUGCAGGUGGUACGAGAGAAGUACGCAACUGGCAUUGAAUUGAUGACGGAGCUGUUACACCAAACUGAAUUCACUGCCGAGCGUAUCAAGGUUUGUGCCACGAAGCUGAUCAAUGAAGUCUCGCAAGCAAAGCGGGAAGGAAGAUCCAUCGCCAAGGAUAUCCUGAAAGCGAUGCGUUAUCGCAAGGAGAGUAACGUGCGCAUUAGCUCACUAUUGAAACAAUCUAAAUUCCUAACGUCGCUGCUAGAAAUGCUGGAACAGCCGGAUACGACCCAAACAGUGAUUGACAACCUCAACAAGGUCCGGUCGAUCAUUACGCUGCCAGAAAAUGUGGCCAUUCACAUGGCUGCCGAUUGGCAGGCCAUGAAGGAGCUUGGCAUCGAUUUGAUCACACCCUGGAAACGGCUUGUGCAGCCAACAAGCGGGACGGAAAAAAUAGUUAAAAGGUUUAUCAGCAUGCAGGAUUGGGAGCACAUGGAAAAGAGUAACGAAGCGCUUAAGCCGUACACGGGCGUGAUCGUUGGUUUGGGCAGUGUGGAGAGUGCAUUCCUGUUUCGAACAUGCCAAGGAAUAACGGACUUUAACGAUCCCGACCUGGUGCCGCUGUUAUUGUUCCUGCAAUACAUGACUCAGCUGGAGGGUCCACUGUGGAAACAGAUUCGCGGUCAAGGGUUCGCUUACGGGUAUAACAUAUUACCAAGACCAAACGAAGGGUUAUUAUACUUUACGCUUUACCGUGCUUCAAAUGUGGUGGCCGCAUACCAGGAAGCCGUUAGCAUUAUGGAGAAACAGGUGGGCGAAGGAGCAGAAUGGGACGCCACGCUGCUGGAAUCGGCAAGAAGUUCGUUGAUCUUUGAAAUAAUUGCCCGCGAGAACAGCAUCGAAAAGGUGGUCAAUACGUGCAUGCUGACCAGCUUCAAGGGAGUUCCGGUAGGAUAUAAUCAGUCUUUAGUACGUCAAGUGGGCAAAGUUACGAAGGAGGACCUACAGCGUGUAGGAAACCGUUACGUGAAGCAUCUGUUUUCUGGUGCGGACACGUGCACUGCCAUCGUUUGUCACCCGGACAAAGCAGGAGAUAUUGCGAGUGCAUUCAAAUCUAUGGGCUUUCCGUUGAAGGUCGAAACAAGUCUCGAAGACGGCAUUCUAGCUUAA